GGUCAUGAUGAGUCCUCUGUUCCUGCUUUGCCUAACUCUCCCUUUCAUCUCUGCUACGCUCUCGUCUGAAAAACACCACGAUGUGGACGGUACUCUGCGGGUCAGCAUCCCUCUGGAGUCGUCUCUUCGUCCUCUGCUCGGCGGUAAAGUCGUAGUUCCGUGUUACUUCCAGGACAACACGGUGAACGACCCCGGAGCCCCCACCGUGGCCCCGCUGUCCCACCGCAUCAAAUGGACCCACGUGGUCAAGAACAAGGUCAGCACCAUCCUGGUGGCGUCGGAGGGGAAGGUCCAGGUGGAGACGGACUACCUGGACAGAGUGACCCUGGUCAACUACCCCCUGGUGCCCACCGACGCCACCAUGGAGCUGACCGAGCUGCGCUCCAGAGACUCCGGAACCUACCGCUGUGAGGUCAUGCACGGCAUCGAGGACAACUACGACUCUGUGGACAUCCAGGUCCAGGGUAUUGUGUUCCACUACAGAGCCAUCUCCACCCGGUACACUCUGACCUUUGAGAAGGCCAAGGCCGCCUGCAUCCAGAACAGCGCCUCUAUCGCCACGCCAGCUCAGCUUCAAGCCGCUUACGACGACGGAUACCACCAGUGUGACGCAGGAUGGCUGUCGGACCAGACCGUCAGGUAUCCCAUCCAUGAACCUCGGGAACGUUGUUUUGGAGACAGAGAACUUCCUGGAGUGAGAACCUAUGGAGUGAGAGAUGCCAAUGAGACGUAUGAUGUGUACUGUUUCGCUGAGAAGAUCUCAGGGCAAGUCUUCUACUCCACAUCUGUUGAGAAGUUUUCCUUCUAUGAAGCCGCAGAUCAGUGCACAAAGCUGGGCGCUCGUCUGGCCACCACUGGGGAGCUGUACGUGGCCUGGAAGAACGGUAUGGACGUGUGCAGCGCCGGCUGGUUGGCUGACCGAGUGGUCCGCUACCCCAUCAACAUCGCCCGGCCUCAGUGUGGAGGAGGGCUGCUGGGGGUCCGGACCGUCUAUCUGUUCCCCAACCAGACCGGAUACCCUACCACCGACUCCAGAUACGACGCCAUCUGCUUCCAAGGGACGAAGGUGCCGUCCCUCAGAGGACCACCCCGUUCCCAGACAUCAUCCACCAAACCCACGGCCACCAGCCAGUCCCUACCCCGGCCUCACAACCCCCUCCUGGAGGAGAGGAGGUCCGACAUGGAGAGGUGGACACCCUGUCACCUCUGUGCCGUCCCACCAAGUGUGACCGACUCCUACUCUGGAGUGACCGCAGUGGGACCGGACGUCCACAUGUCCCCCGACAGUUUAAUGAAUAAAAUACCUGUUCUUUCUUCCCUCUCUCUUCUGUCCUCAGGUGUGGUGUUUCACUAUCGACCAAUCACAGGUCGGUACACUCUGACCUUUGUGGAGGCUCAAGAGGCGUGUCAGAGCGUUGGCGCCAUCAUCGCCAGCCCUCAACAGCUUCAGGCCGCCUUCGAGAAAGGACUGCACCAGUGCGACGCCGGGUGGUUACGAGACCAGACUGUCAGGUAUCCCAUCGUAUCUCCCAGAGGUAACUGUGCAGGAAAUCUUCUUCAAUUUCCUGGAGUCAGAUCAUACGGUCUGAGGCCGGCCUUCGAACGCUAUGACGUCUUCUGUUAUGUGGACCGUUUGAGAGGUGAGGUUUUCUACACCAGUGACUACGACAGUUUCUCAUACGACGAAGCCGUGCAGCACUGUCAAAAACUGAACACCACCCUGGCCACACCUGGUCAGCUGUACGCUGCCUGGAAACAGGGUCUGGAUAAAUGUAGGCCAGGCUGGCUCCUGGACCGAAGUGUCCGCUACCCCCAUCACCACAACCCAGAACCCAGUGCGGAGGAGGACAGGUGGGGGGUCCACAUCAUCUACGCCUUCCCCAACCAGACGGGGUUUCCAGACGAGCACUCCCGCUACGACGCCUACUGUUACAAAGCUGCACCAUCACUCAUUCACGUUGAAAAUGACACCAGUGUCACCGUGACGACAGUAAAACAGGAAGUUGAUCCCAGGACAACUGUUGUACCUGAUCACUUUGUCUCGACUGUUCAAACAACAACACCACCACCACCAACAACAACAACUGUGAGCUACAACGACACCAAGAUCCAUGUAAAUACCACUGAGAUAGAAGAGGAGGUCAUUGGCAAAGCGACGGCACCGACUCAGGAACACAUGGCUCCAACCAUGUUUCCUUCAGUGUUUCCCUCAGUCCAACCUUCAGUCCCAGUUGAUGUGUCCGGUUCUGGUUCUGGUUCUGGUUUGGCCGAACCCUCAGCCAGUGGUGACGGUUCAGGGGAGUCGAGCAGUUCCGGCCCCAGUGGUGACGUUUCUGGUUCAGGACUUGACGUGGUCUUCAGCGGCCGUCAUGACCAGGUUUCCGGUGUGGGGUCAGCCUCUGGAGGUCCACAGGAGGCCGAGGGAGGGAGCGCCGUCAUCUUCUCAUCUGGAGAACAAGGAAGUGCAUCUGGAUCUGGGUUCCAGUCUGGGUUCAGUGUGUCUGGAUCUGCCAGUGGGGAUGUCAGUGGAGAGACUGAAAUCCUCCUGGUGGACCAACAAAUGGAGAAACUGACCCAAACACAGACAGAGCAGGAAUUAGGACAGGGGAGUAUCGAGACCAGCGGUGUGUCUGGAUUUGGAUCAGGAGCUGAGUCUGGAUCAGGCUCUGGUGGGUUUUCUGGGGUGUUGCUGGUGGACCACAGUUUGACGGACCGCACAGUCCACCCAUCUGUAGAGCAGGAGGUGUCUGGGUACCGUCCUUUGGGAUCAGGACUCCACAGCGGUUUUCCCAGUGGUUUUCCCUCUGGAAGCGGUUCAGUUUCCGGAGACAUGUUCCAGCAUCGUGGUGAUGUGAUCUAUAUCACAGACCGAGACCAGGACCUGACGGAGGUGACGGUGCGGCCAGAGGAGCGUCAGCCGGAGCAGGGUCGGGGGGUGGUGGAGGUGAGCGGCGAGGGCAGCGGGUCAGGGGUCACCGGUGAACAAACAGCCAGCACCGACCAAUCAGGAGAGGAGGAGCAGGACAUCCACACCGUGACCCAGGAUACAACCUACACCAGUCCAACCACAGCUCCAUCUGUGUCUCUGGCACCCCCUGCUGUGGUGGAGCCGCCUGCAGUUGCAACAGCAGCACAGACGUGUGCCGAGGGCUGGAUGGAGUUCAGGGGCAGCUGUUACCUGCACUUUGAAGAGAGAGACACGUGGUCGGAGGCAGAGCAACGCUGUCAGCAGCUCAACGCUCACCUGGUCAGCAUCGGCUCCCAGGAGGAGCAGCAGUUUGUCAACUCCAACGGUCAGGACUACCAGUGGAUUGGACUCAAUGACAAAGAUGUCCAAAACGAGUUCCGCUGGACGGACGGCAGUCCUCUGACUUUUAUGAACUGGAGACCCAACCAGCCUGAUAACUACUUUGGGACUGGUGAGGACUGUGUGGUGAUGAUCUGGCAUGAAGGAGGACAGUGGAAUGACGUACCCUGCAACUACCACCUGCCCUUCACCUGCAAGGCCGCCCCAGUUACAUGCGGAUCUCCACCUGAGGUGGAACAUGCCCGUCCACUCGGCGGCAGCAGAGAUCAUUAUCCUGUUGACUCAAUAGUCCGUUAUCAGUGCGACACAGGCUUCAUGCAGCGCCACCUUCCUGUCAUACGUUGCAUGGCGGAUGGGCAGUGGGAGGAGCCACAGGUUCAAUGUACACAAGGGAGCGCUGACAGUAACCGGCUACACAAACGAUCUGUCAGGAGGAGUAAAGGCUUCAGACAGGAACAGAGGAAGCUCUGAGCAGGACUGAAACACAAAGGACCCCAAACCCCCAAAACAUAGAGUGGACGCCGCUGUCAUUACUCAACCAAAAACACACCUGCCCCUCUGUACAUUCACAAACACCACAACAUGUUGGAUGUGUAAGUUGUCAUUUGCCCAGGUCAUUGUUCAUCCUUAGCAUGCUUCUAAGUUCAGCAGGAGGUGAUUUAUUUAAAAGGUUUUGUCUCUCAUCCAAGAGACUUCAUCAGUUCAGUUUAAUGGUGGGGGAAAGCAGACUAAUUAUAAACCUGUAGGGGUAGUGGUCUGUGGUCAUUUGUGGGUUUUGUGUCUGAGUUUCAGGGUUAUUUUGAAAAGGUGGAUCGUUGUCCAAGUCUUUUGGGCGUGGGGAUGCUUGACUGCUCUCAGGUGAGUCCAGGUCUGACAGAUUGCUUGUUAAGAAUUACUUAGGGAGGCUGUUUGAAAUAGUGGCAGUGGUGUUACUAUGUGUGGUGGUGAAUACAAAAGGAUCCAUUGGUCCAUGUGGGUUGGUUUCCUGUAAAUGUCUGUGGUUAAUACUUUCUCACUUGGUUGAAUGUUGCAGUCCAGGAAAGGCAGGCUCUUAUCAUAGAUGUUCCUGUGUGAACUUGAUCUUAUGGUCCACUGAGCUGAUGUGUGUGGCCAAGGUGUCCAGGUCUCCUUUCCUUAUCUUGGUCAGGUGUCAUCCAUACACCUGAACCAGUGAGUGGGGGCUGAUGGACCAGUAUUUCCUUUUUGAUUCUCACCACCAACUGAAACACAAAUUGGAAGUCAUCAGAAGCCUCAGUCAUAGAGCAAAGGAAAUCCCUACAGAGGCCGAUAGGAAGAACAAGGAAGAACAAGAAGCCAGGGAGGCAUUGAAGAGCUGUGGCUGCUCUAACUGGGCCCUCCUCAAAGCCAAGGCACCAAGAACCCAGAGGCAACAAAAGAUGGAAGAGCCAGAAAAAGGAGAAGGCAUCAUCAUUCCUUACACAGCUGAAGUCUCUGAGAAACUCCAAAGGAUUUUCAACCAACACAAUAUCAAACCCACCAAUACACAGAGACGUGUUCUAGUUCAUCCCAAGGACAAACUGCCUAAGGAGAGGCAGAGUAACAUGGUAUAUGCUGUUCAGUGCAGUGGCGAAUGGACCGACCUAUACAUUGGGGAAACCAAGCCCCCUCCCCCCACGAACACGUGACCCAGCACAGGAGAACAUGCACCUUAUGACAAGACUCUACAGUCGACCUUCACUUGGAAGAAAAACGACACUCCCUUGAAAACCACAAUGUCAGAAUAUUGACCAGACAAGAGAAAGGGUUUGAGAGAGGAGCCAAAGAAGCCAUCUUUGUAGAAGUGGAAAAACCUUCCCUGAACAGACGUGUUCAGGUUUGUAAAUCUGCUGUCCCUCACCAGCAAAAUGAAGCGGAUGAGAGACGUAAUAUUUUCAAGAACAAAACCAGUCCGGCUGAACAUCGAAAACUACCAAGGAUGAAUGAUGACCCAGACAAAUGAGAACUUACACAGACAUUUGGGACAGACCCCCUGUGACAGGAACCCAAAUGGAUAUCCAGGAAGCUGGCAGACUUCAGAAACCAUCUAUGUUUCAAUCUGAGAUGUAGAAAACAGAAAAUAAGUCCCAACAGCAAGGCUGCACAAAUUAAUGAAAAAAAGUCAGAUCAACUUCACCAUCAGUGUGGACUGACAAACAGGACAGAAGAAAUACUAACUAAAUUAACCAACCUCCUGCCCAAGGAAAUCCUCUCAGAACUUUCCAGAUUUACUGAAAGGACACAACUUGCCAAACAUACCAAGAGUAAGGACAGACAGGUACAUACAUUUCUGCCAUUACGAAACAGAGAGCUUCAGCCAUAACAAACAACACAGCUCAGAUAGACUGUCAGAAGCAGUGGGUCAGAAAUCUGUCAGAAUUAGUCAGAAGACUUAACUUUGCUGUAACCCCACAGACUGCUGUAAGGGGUUAAUCUUAUCACAACUACGGAGUCUGUAGACAACAAGUUUGCGGACACAGAAUAGAGGCUAAGACUGCAGUUGGUCUUCACUUGGAAGAAACAGGACCUUCCUUUGAUGACAGCAAUGUCCGAAAAUUGGCCAGAGAAGAGAAGGGCAUUGAGAGAGGAGUCAAAGAAGCCAUCUUUAUACAAGUGGGAAAUCCAUCCCUGAACAGAGGUGGUGGUCUGGGAGACUGCUUAUCAAAAACUUACACCAUUUUAAACAGCCCCCCCCCCCCCCAAGCAAUUCUCACCGAGCAAACUGUUACACCUGGACUCACCUGACAGCGAUCAAGUCCCUCCCCUGAACGACUUGGACAGCGACUUCCCCUUUCUCAAUGACCUUGAAACUUAGAAUCACAUUUCUAUGUACCCGAUACUUCGGGUCGUUAACAUAUGGGGAAAACAACCUACACAGACCACUCCCCCUACAGGUUCAUAAGUCCAUUUCUACAGGUUUAUAAGUCCACUUCUACAGGUUCAUAAGUCCAUUUCUACAGGUUCAUAAGUCCACUUCUACAGGUUUAUAAGUCCACUUCUACAGGUUCAUAAGUCCAUUUCUACAGGUUCAUAAGUCCAUUUCUACAGGUUUAUAAGUCCACUUCUACAGGUUCAUAAGUCCAUUUCUACAGGUUCAUAAGUCCACUUCUACAGGUUUAUAAGUCCAUUUCUACAGGUUUAUAAGUCCACUUCUACAGGUUUAUAAGUCCACUUCUACAGGUUUAUAAGUCCACUUCUACAGGUUUAUAAGUCCAUUUCUACAGGUUUAUAA